AUGACGUGUACCAAAAAAUCCGUAACGGUGACCGAAGUGGUUAAGUCUGAUUCUUAUUUGAAAAAACCAAUUUUGGACUCCAAGAAUGAUAUUGGAAUUCCACAUAAACUCAGUGAUCUUUCUACAUAUAGCAAAUUCUUGGCUCUCUAUACCAGGGACCCUGAAGAUGCUGGUUAUUAUUCCAUAGAAGAGAAACAAGGCUGCAAAAUCAAAGAUAAAUGGAGUGAGCUCAUUGAAUUUAUCAAAGAGACGGAGCCUGUCCCAGCCUCCAUCAAUGAAAAUGUCGUCGAAUUCAAUAUUCCGGCAAGCGUUGCCGAUCAAUUUACUUGCUCUUUGGGUUUGCCAAUCAAAGUCUCUGAGUAUAUGAAAGAAAACGAAAAUCAGAUCAGAGGAUGUGUGACAACUAUCGAAAAUGAAAAUGACUUCAACGAUUGGUUCAUAUUUCAUAUUCUGGAUCAAUCUCGUUUGCGCUUAAGUGAAGUGCCAACUAAGAACACUGAUGAUAGGUAUCAUGAGAGCUUCGCUGAUUUUUUUGAGCAAGCACUCAAGAACACUAUAGUUAAUGACCAGUGGGAAGCAGGUGGACGUGAUUAUUUCAUUGAACGUGUCAGGUAUUUCACUGACAGACACUUGAAAAUUGAGUGUGUGUUGCCUGCAUUCCCAUGUAAAUCCUCAAACUUUGAUAAAGUUGGAGGUCUUGUUCCAGAUAAAGGUGAGGAAUUGGCCUUAAGAAGAUUGAUUAAAGCCACGCAAGAUGCCGCGAAAAUAUAUCCACCUGGAAUGAAGGUUUGGAUCGUCAGUGAUGGACAUGUCUUCUCUGACUGUAUCGGAGUGGAUGAUGACAUAGUCAGCACUUAUACCGCGCAACUUCACCAGCUGUAUGAAAAGGUCAAGAUUCCUGGAGUUGAUGCCAUUGGCUUUUGCGGACUGAACGACUUGUUCUUUGGUGGAGCCGCUGCCUCAAACUUCAAUUUCAAAUUUAUAGAGGAGGUGAAGCUCAAUCACUAUACGGGUACUCAAAUCUGCUCAGUUUCUGACGUUUCAAGAGCUAUCAUGAUGAAGGGAUGCGACACAGAUGAUGGCAGGUUGAGAAAACAAAUAAGCAUUGAUGGGCAUCCAAGAUUGCACCUUUAUAGGGGCUUCUCUCGUUUUAUGAUGGAAGACCUCUCUCGUUUGCCAUUCUUCAAGGACACAUCUAGAAAGGGAUUCAAAAAGAUAAUCUCGAAGAUUGCCUUCAAUAUGAUUCGAAGGAACGAUGCUUACUCUAAUCUUGUCGAGCUCAUUUUCCCCCAUCACAUGAGAUUGUCGAUCCAUGCACACACUAACAGUGGUCCAAAAUUUGGGAUCAAAGUCAUUUCGCCUGAGCAAUGUCACACUGUUAAAUCCCUUGAAGAUAUUGAAGAGCCCAAAUUUGAAGACCUGUUGCAUAUCCCAACUCCAUGGCACAACUGUGUUGUGAAGAUCGACGGGAAACGAUACGUCUUAACAAAAUCUAGUAUUGUCAGGGAAGCUCUCGAAAAUGGCUCUUACGAGGGUGAAUGGAUUGAGACUUCCCUUGAAAGUGGUGAAGGUGGUCACUUCGUCAUAACCAAAGCCAAUUAG